CUCUCCCCCUGCGUUGUUCUAUUUAUAUUUUUCAUCAAGAUAUAGUAAGCAAAGUUUACAGAAGGAAACUUUUUUAAAUUUUAUGGACGCCAAAAUUUAUGCGGAUCAUUAAGAUGUUGUAACAGAGGUAUAGAUGAGCUUCCUAGUUUUUUCCUUUUAAAAUUUUGUUUGAUAACUGGAUCCGUGUUAAAAUUGAAAAGUUUACAUAACUAGAUCCGUUUGUGUGGAAAUUGGCGCUUAAAAUUAGAUCAAUUUAAAUGUCUUGGGUAAUUGAGUUUUCGGAUGUGUUUUGUCAAAUCGGAAAGCGGAGGAGUUAAUCUGUGAUUUAGCAGGCUAGUUAAUAAAUUAGCUUGUGUAAUUUCUGACUUAAAAACUUCAAUGUGUUGGGUUUGAGCUAUUCAUUUUUGAUUAUCUCGAAGAAGUAGAACACAAUUUUCCACUCAAGCGCAGAAAGGAGAAGACCAACUUCGUGCGAAGACCGAGAACUGUCCAAUCAGAAGAAGGAAUAUAAAUAUGGAAUUUUCUUUUCAUACUGCUCAUGAUUUUCAUGACCCUAUCUUUUGGGAGCUUUGGCAAAAGUCGGAAAAUAUUCAGGAAAAACCUGAAAUCAUUGAUGAAGCUUCUGAGAGAGCCUUCCAAAAACACGUCACAGAAGAAUUGGAAGAGAGCUUUAAGUUGUUUGAUCUUAAUGGUGACGGUGUGAUAUCUGCGUUUGAGCUACGAGCUGGGAUGAAAUCCUUAGGCAAAGAGAUGUCGAUGGAUGAAGCAGAAGAAGUUAUUGAAGUUCUCGAUGAAAACGGUAGUGGAACGAUAAACUUUUCAGAGUUUAAAUGUGUCAUGUUGGAUAAAUUAAAGCAAGGCACGGAAGAAGAAGAUAUAAAAGAUGCUUUUGAUGUAUUCGAUGAAAACAAAGACGGCCUCAUUUCUGCAAAAGAAAUUCAAACUUUGUUUACAAAAUUAGGCGAUGCUAUCACGUUUGAAGAAGCUACUGAUAUUCUCUCCGGUGGAGAUUUGAAUAAAGAUGGCUACAUUGAUUUUGAAGAAUUCAAAAUAUUUUGUAAAAAUAUGAACGAUCAACAUCUCCAGAUCAUCAAAGAAAGAGAAGAGAAAGAAGAUGUAAUCUCCAAUCCAAAAAAUCUUGACCACACUAGCCACAUUAUACUAUAACAUCCACAAACUGCUAAGUCGUAUCACUUUGCGUGUCACUCCGAUGGUUUUUUUAUAUGGUUCAACUUUCAAAGCUAUACUACCAUCAAAAAAUCAUUUGCUCUCUCAUUGAACAUGCUCAGCUUAUGUCACUAAGAGUCUUCCGUCAAAAUAAAGUUGAUUGAACUUUGUCCAAGAAUAUUAGAACGAAAAGGAAAUCGAAAUAUAUAAUAAAUAAUAAAAAAUAUAAUGAUAAUUUAUUCGUUUUAAUUAUUUAAAUAUGUAAAUAAAAUAAUUUAUUGGUUUGUUUUUUCUCACCGGAUGGGACAAAUAACUGGGCUGGUACCUAAGUGUCUUUUCUGUCAUUGUAUAUAUCAAUUUUUUGAAGAAAAAAUACAAUUUUCUUAAUUGUUUGAGUUUUUUUUCAUUUAUAGGAGACACGUAACUCGCGUAGUUAAGUUAUUAUUUUAAAUAGCGAAACGACCAAAAAAAGUAUUUUAGGUCAAAUUUCGAGCAGGUGGU